ACACCUCGCGAGAGCAGAGUGGUGCCGUCUUGUGACGUCAAGUGUGCGAACUGUCGUGAAAGCACAUUGCUAUAGGGCGCUAAUAAGUCAGUCUUAUUAUUUGUUCUCCAGUUUGAAAUAUUUUCGUCGUAUAAAAUAGAUCUUUGAUUCUUUAUUCAAGGAUAAAAUCGUCUGGAUGUGCUAGAAGCACUGUGCCGGUUCUCCUGCUAUCUUUGCUUGUUAGUUAGCUUCGCUCGCUAGUUAGCUUAGCUUGUUAGCUGCUAACAGAAGACAGAAGUUAUCAACACAUCGCUAAGUAGAGAUCAAGUGUGAGAGUAAAGUGUUGUGAUUGUGUGAAAAUGUCUACAUUACAAAUGUUGAGAGUGUUGGUGGAUCAGCGACUAACUGCUGCCGUUGAAGAAAUAUUUGUAGUGUUAAAAAGAACGAUAGCAGAAUACGAGGCGGAACUUUCUAGAACCAAAGAGGAGAACAAUCAACUACUGGACGCUGUUUUCACGAAACAUCAAGUUGUGUUACACAGAACAGACCUCGAUGAAGAACGUUAUCUCCAUCAGCAGGAGGAGGAACCACAGCCCCUCCACAUUAAAGAGGAAACAGAGGUACCACAGCUCCAACAAAUUAAAGGUCCACAGCCCCCCCGCAUUAAAGAGGAAGAAGAGGUACCACAGCGCCAACACAUUAAAGAGGAAGCAGAGGAUCCACAGCCCCCCCACGUUAAAAAGGAAGAGGAGGUACACAGUAUCAGUCAGGAGGGAGAUCAUAUUGAAGGACUGGUGGAGUUCCCAGUGAUUGGUGUCCCUGUGAAGAGUGAAGAUGAUGAGGUCAAGGGUGAAAGUGAGGAGAAGAGAGAGGCGGAGCCUCCAAGCAGCAGUUUAACACAACACAUGACAACAGAAGCUGAUGGAGACCACUGUGGAGUAGACAAGCUCUUAGCUCCACUAUCAUAUAGUGAGGACACAACGUCACACUCUCCUGACACUGAUGAUGAAGACUCUAAAGAUGAUAAGACAUGGGACCCUGACAACACUCACUUGAAGUGUUCCCACUGUGACAAAAUAUUUAAAUGCCAUAGUGAUCAGAAAAGACACAUUAGAAUACACACUGGAGAGAAACCUUUUUCUUGUUCAAUCUGUGGAUUAUGUUUUACAAGGAAGGACAGUUUGAAAGAUCACACUAGAACACACACUGGCGAAAAACCCUUUUCCUGUUCUGUGUGUGAUUCAAAUUUUGCACUAAGUGGAAAUUACAAACAACACAUGAGAACACACACUGGAGAGAAACCUUUUUCUUGUUCAAUCUGUGGCUUAUCUUUUAAUAGGAGGAUCAGAUUGAAAGAUCACACUAGAACACACACCGGAGAAAAACCUUUUUCCUGUUCUGUGUGUGGUUCAAGUUUUGCACGAAGUCGAGAUCUGAAAAGACACAUGAGAACACACGCUGGAGAAAAAGGGUUGAGUUGCAGUGUGUGUGAUGAAAGAUUCUCUCAUGAGUACCAACGUAACAAACACAAGUGUGCUGGUGAGAACAGCAGCAGUAAAAUAAAAAAGUUCUCCGCAGACCUCCACCAGGCCAAAUCUCCCAGUCGUAAAGCAUCCUUCAAAAGAAAGCUGAAUCCAAAUGGUGAUCAGGAUCAACACCAAAAUCUAAUCACUUGUUCUUUAUCCCAUUUCUGACAUGUCUUGAAAGUUCCAUUAACAUCUGACUAUACUUGUUGUUGUUAUAGUUCCAACUAAAUGACAAUCAAACAAACCCCAAAUCACUUUUAGUUACUUUACAAUUACUUCAAUAGCAAACAUGUAAAUAUGUUUCUUAGUUACACAUCCUGGAAAACAACAUCCACACAAUAGUUUACAUUUAUUAUUCAUUCUUACUAAUAUGUUUAGUUGUGUACUAACACAUACAUUUAUACUUCUGCUAAUAUUUAAGAAGUGAUGAUGAUGUUAUGGUUCAGUGUGCCCCUUCACAGGCUUGCUGUCUCCAAAACAAGUCUCCACCAUGGCGGUGCCAGCGGUCCUACUACUUGUAUUUGUACACUAUACAAUAUAAUUAUGCACACCUUUUGUACGAUAGACAUUUUUGUUUGUACUAGCAAUUUGAAACCGGCGCUGUAUCCUUUGCAUGUGACCUUGUAGAAUAAAAUAUCUGUUUUUUU